AUGACCUCAAUACAACUAACUUCUCCAUAUUUACAGUUUUCAUCACAACAAAUUUCUCAGCCAGACUUACAAGCUAUAACCAAAUCAAUUCAAGAUAUCUUGGCUAGAGCUGUUAAAACUUUGGAGAAUAGAAAAUCUUCUUAUAAGCAAAAAUCAGAUAAUACGAAAAAGAUCAAGAAGAAAUUCAAAACCUGCAAGAUAAAACAAAAGGAUACUUCCACUUCUGAUAAGUUCAGAAAUAAAUUAACUUAUGAACAGUCUUUUCAAAAGAUUAUGUUAAAUAUGCUUAAAAAAGCUUUACUCACGUAUUAG